GUCCCGCCCUCCUCGCCAUUCCUGUCAUGGCUGCUCCCUGGAAGGCUGUGUCACGUGGAACCUCUUAACCUAAUAUCCGGAGCUCCAGGAAGGGAAAAAUUUCAAUUCAGAUAGAAUCACAUAUACAUCAUUUUUUUUUGGAGCCUUCAGCCCUCCAGAUCCCAACAUCAUGACUUCAGUUUCAACACAGUUGCUGUUAGUCCUCAUUUCACUGCUUUUGGUGCUGCCUGUUGUUGAAGCAGUGGAAGCUGGAGACGCAAUUGCUCUCUUGUUAGGUGUGGUUCUCAGCAUUACAGGCAUUUGUGCUUGCUUGGGGGUAUAUGCACGGAAGAGAAAUGGACAGGUGUGACUUUGAAGGACAUCCUGAAUCAAACCUUGCCCUAGAAACCUUUGUGCUGUUGAGGCUAAACCUGAGCUUUGAUGUCUGAAAGUUUCCAAGAAACAGUAAAUAGGGGAGUUUCAUAUUCUUUGUUGUUUCCCUUAAAAUGGGAACAAAUUGAUAUAUAAAUGAGAAAAUGUGUUUUCUUUACAAGUAAUGCACUAAAAAAUGCAGCCAGUGAUUUGUAUUUGCUGGUUAGAAAAGGGUCAAAGAAGUAAGAUGGCUGAAAUUUACAUAAGUGCUAUUUCAAAAUUUUAGAAUUUUUAAAGCACGUGAAAUAGGAAGAAGGAAACUUUUACCCAGAAUCCUAGGAAAUCACCACUGUUAAGUUAUAAUCACCACCUUCUGAAUUGUUGAGGAGUCUUUUCUCCAUAUUUUGAUUAGAUUUUUGUUUUAUCUCCCAAGUUAAUAUUGUAUUUAGAUAUCACAUAGCCAAAAAUUGAAACAUUUAUCUCUGGGUAAAAAACAUUUAGAAAAAUGUAUUCCAUAUAUCUAAGAUUGAAAUGGAAAAAAAAGAUUUAAUGUAAAGAAAAAAACCUUUAUAUGAACACUGAAGUAGAAAUCUAAUGUAAAAAAAAAUUUUAUAUUAACUAACAUCCUCAUUGUGAGAAGUACUGUAUUAAAUAUAAACCCACUAUGUUGUAAGUUAA